AAAAUUCACCAAAAUUCGCCUUCCAAAUGAUGAAACGACGUUGGUCAAAUAAUGGUGGUUUUGCCGCCCUAAGAAUGCUGGAAGAAUCCUCAUCAGAAGUCACAUCCUCAUCGAACGGCCUCGUCCUGUCGACAGAAUUAAAUAUAUCACCCUCGCCGCUCGACUCGCCCGACUACGGCGAUCAGGAGCUGUGGAUGUGCAACGAUGCCGCCUCCAAUUACAACCAACACAGUGUAAUUACCUCAAUACACGGCUGUACAACGCUGCCGGCCCAAACCACAAUUAUCCCCCUGCCCACAUUGCCCAAUUCCAAUUCGAAUAGUUCGACACAAAACUAUACGAAUGGUCACGGAGGUGGAGGCGGUGGUGGCGGCAACGGCGGUUCGAAUAUGAAUUCUUCGGGCAACGGCUCGGCGGUGCCGGGUAUGACAAAUUUAAAUGGCCACAACAGCAUCAUGGCCAAUCAUCACAGUAAUUCACAUCACAUGAACGGUGGUGGUGGAACUGGAACGGGUCUGACCCAACAUCAACUAUCGGCAGCAAUUCAUCAGUCGCUACAGAGCGGACAUCCCAUGCAAAUGAAUCAUCAGAAUGGCAUUCAUAGUUUAAGUAAUGGCCUAAAUCAUCAUCAGCUAAUGAAUGGCAGCAGUAUGAUGCAUCAUACGCCGCGUUCCGAAUCGGUCAAUUCGAUAUCAUCAGGACGAGAUGAUCUAUCACCUUCAAGUAGUCUCAAUGGCUUCUCCACCAGCGAUGCCAGUGAUGUUAAGAAAAUCAAAAAAGGUCCCGCGCCCCGCCUACAAGAAGAACUGUGCCUGGUGUGUGGCGAUAGGGCAUCCGGUUAUCACUACAAUGCUCUCACGUGUGAGGGUUGUAAGGGUUUCUUCCGGCGGAGUGUUACCAAAAAUGCAGUCUAUUGCUGUAAAUUCGGUCAUGCCUGUGAAAUGGACAUGUACAUGCGACGUAAAUGCCAGGAGUGCCGUCUGAAAAAAUGUCUGGCCGUUGGUAUGCGACCGGAGUGUGUAGUACCCGAAAACCAGUGUGCAAUGAAACGGCGCGAAAAGAAAGCGCAAAAAGAAAAGGAUAAACUGCAGACGAGUAUUGGUGCCACAGAUGUUAUCAAAAAGGAGAUACUCGAUUUGAUGACCUGUGAACCGCCAACACAUCCCACAUGUCCGCUGUUACCUGAAGACAUUUUGGCAAAAUGUCAGGCUCGAAAUAUACCUCCUCUAACGUACAAUCAAUUGGCAGUUAUAUAUAAAUUAAUAUGGUAUCAAGAUGGCUAUGAACAGCCAUCCGAGGAAGAUCUCAAACGUAUAAUGAGUUCACCUGAUGAAAAUGAAAGUCAAACGGAUGUGAGUUUUCGUCAUAUAACUGAAAUCACUAUACUCACAGUACAAUUAAUUGUGGAAUUUGCCAAGGGUUUGCCAGCGUUUACCAAAAUACCACAAGAAGAUCAAAUUACUCUGUUAAAGGCCUGCUCAUCGGAAGUUAUGAUGUUAAGAAUGGCUCGUCGUUACGAUCACAGUUCCGAUUCGAUAUUCUUUGCCAAUAAUCGAUCGUAUACCCGUGACUCGUACAAAAUGGCUGGCAUGGCUGAUAAUAUUGAGGACUUGCUGCAUUUCUGUCGACAAAUGUACGCCAUGAAGGUGGACAAUGUCGAAUAUGCUUUACUCACUGCCAUUGUGAUCUUUUCCGAUCGGCCGGGUCUCGAAGAAGCCGAACUAGUCGAAGCGAUACAAAGUUACUACAUCGAUACACUCCGCAUUUACAUACUUAAUCGCCAUUGCGGCGAUCCCAUGAGUCUCGUAUUCUUUGCUAAACUGCUAUCCAUAUUAACCGAACUGCGGACACUGGGUAAUCAGAAUGCAGAAAUGUGUUUCUCCCUGAAGCUGAAGAAUCGCAAACUGCCAAAAUUCCUCGAAGAGAUUUGGGACGUUCAUCCCAUUCCACCCUCGGUGCAGUCGCACCUGCAGGCGGCCCAGGCCGAAAAGGCGGCACAAGAAUCGUUGGCACACACAUCAGGUCUGGUGACAGCGAUACAACAAGCUACCACCUCAACGUCCAUCAAUACGGCGCUGGCCACCUCAUCGACAUCACCACCUGCCACAGCAGCUUCCACACCAAAUGGCGGUGAUUAUGGUCAGGAUAUGAGUCUGUCAAUGCAGUCCGAUAGUGCAUAGCAAUAGCUGUUAAU